CAUCAAGAAUGUUUGUGGGUUGAAAUUCACCACGGGAAUGUGCGUGAGAGAGGCCAUUGCUUGUUAUCAUCCUGUGUCAGUCUUGCUAUGUGAUUAUGAGAAUCGGUCUUGUACUCACGAUGAUCUUCCAGUGGACAUUUCUUGUUCUGUGCACCCUGAAACUUUUCAUACAUUUCCCAACCUGUGAUGCCCAUGAGCUCGUCUUGCCUUCGAACUUGGAGAAUGACGACGGCGGACGAAUUUUGCUAAUGUUUCAGGGUUGCGGUGUAAAGACAAGUCUUUUCAACCUUGGUCUAAGACUAGGUGAGAUACUAAGGUCAGAAGGCUAUAACGUGACCUUCAUGACUGUAACCCUACCGGGUGAUCAGAAUGAGGUAGAUGAUGGCAGCGAUCUUGGUGGUUUUUGCAGGGUUGACAUUCAUUCCGAGGGUGUGAGAAACGAGUGCCAUUCCUUGAAGGACAAAAUAUUAUCAAUGAGUGGAAACAGGAUAGUUGGCAUGCAGCAACUCUUAGGUCUUCUGAAGCCUCAGAGAAUCCUCUGUGAGGCACUUCUGGCAAACCAAACCACGAUGGCUCAUCUCAGGAACCUUGAACUGGACAUGAUUAUCAGUGAGUCCUUUGGUCCUUGCCACGUAAUCCUGUCCCAUCUCCUUGGUGGAAUUCCGAUCGCCAAUUUUUUAGUCGUGUCUCCAACUAUUCUUCCUCAUGCUCUAUUUCCUCAAACAAUUAUGGAUCAAACAUCUCACCUUGGGAGACUCCAAUCAACUGCUGAGAUGAUGAGCAUCCAUCUAUUCUAUCAUAGAUUAUGGAGUUUCUACAGCGAGAUUGCCAACAAACAUGGCAUCUCUGAACUGGGGAAUGUCUUUGAAUUUUCGUCUUCAUACGCUAAUGCAUCUCUUUGGUUUCUGAAUGCUGACCUUGUCCUUGAUUACCCUUUAGCUCUGCCACCAAACUUUGUCUUUUUAGGUGAUCUCACCUCCCACCCACCUCAUCAAAUUGUUGACCAAAGUCUUCGCCUUGCCAUAGCCGGUGCUCGCUCCAAAGGAAACAUCGUUGUCGUUUCCAUCAAUACCAUAGCUCGUCAGCUGAAGGAAACGACUGAAGAAGCCUUGGUGGAGGGGUUGUCCAGACUUCCCUUUCAGAUUCUCUGGCGGAAAGGUAGACCGGAAGUCCAGACAUCACCGACCGACAAUAUUCAUUACACUGGAUGGAUAAAAAACAAUGACAUGAAUGAUCUCCUCGGUCUGAACGAAACGGUUGCCCUUGUCACCACGGGAGGGCGCUGUGGUAUAAUGGAAGCGAUUUACCAUGGAGUACCGGUGCUCUGCAUCCCCCUGAUGUCUGAACACCAUGAAAACUGCGCCAAAAUCAAGAACAUCGGCAUGGGGAUCAUACUGGAUAUCAGUUCCUUGACGGAAAAUGACGUUUACAAUGCAGUCGUGAAGCUCACACUUGACAAAAGUUUUCAGACGAAUGCACAGAGAGCGUCACGCACCUUUAAGUCAAAGCAGCAAUCUGCUGGAAAACGUGUUGCAUUCUGGGUAAAACAUGUCCUCCAGAACGGAGAUGGACACCUGAAAAACGUCGGAUCUGGAUCGUUCUUUAGUUUGAUACAAUAUGCGUGUAUCGAUCUCAUCAUUCAAUUAUGUAUAUUAACUUUCAUUGCCAUUCUAAUCUAUCGUAAGAUGAAACAGUGAACAAUCAGAAGUUUUGAAUACACUAUAUUUUAAUUGUUAUGAUAUUUAUUAUAUUGAAUUGGCAAUCGGGUGUAUAACGAUUGUUGUAAGAGAUACACUUUUUUAAUUCGAAGCGAUUCAGUCUUCCGUUCAAAUUACAGACGCACAUAGUUUGAAAUUGAUUGAAAGUAUACUGAUGCUGUAGACAAUUAUACCAUCAAUCAAUCUUUAGAGUUUAUCGUACUUAUGAUAAAAUGAGUAAAUGGAAGCGAUUUGAUUCGGAAAUAUAGUCGCUCCUCUAUAAUUAGAUACCUCUCAUUUUUAUAAGGGGAAGUGCAUUAGCUUUGACCCCCCCACGCAUACACCCUUUGACUCCCUUGUACUCGUCUUCUGACUCUAUAAAAAUGUUUGAUAUUUCCCUCCCUACAUCAUACCUGCACGUCAAGAUGCCUUUUUUUUUACCUUCUCUAAUAUUCUUUCCAUUUUUUCAAAUGGAUUUCUUACGAGAAAGAACGUUGUGACACAGAGUGGACACUAAGUCACUGUGUUCAAAUUCCCUGAUUUAACAAAGUAAUUAUGAUCAAUCGGAGAAUGUUAAAGGGGUACUCCGGGCAAAAAAAACAUAAUUUUUAAAGAAAAAUCAUACAAACAAAACAUUGA